AUGGUCUGUCUUUGAUUAUUGUGAAACCACAACAGAGAAAAACUAGAGUAAUAAAGAUGAAAUUCUUAGCCGUUGUUGCAAUUUUAUUAGCUGUGAAUAGUGCAUCAGCUUUCUGGACUGCAUGCCCUGGAAUUGCUGCACCAACUCGAGUUGCAUCUGGUCAAUGUACAGCAGCUGGUUGUACUGUAACACGUGGAAGUUCACUUGUAGCGGAAUGUGACUUUGUCCCCACUGCAGCACAUGGUUUCUUGGAAACGAGAAUGACAGCCACUGUUUUAGGUACUCAGAUUAGUCUUCCUAUCGAUGAUAUCUUCAUUAACGCCUGUGAUCAUCUUCGUGGUCGAAGCUGCCCGACAACAGCUGGACAAACUCAUACUUGGGAUUGGAGCCUUACAGUUCCCACCACAUUCCCACAAUUAAGCAACGUUCCAUUCAGAGUUGAACUUGUUGACCGUAAUACUGGAGCAAAUGUUGUCUGUUUCACAGUGCAAGCCACCAUCAACUAAACAUUGUAAAAUAACAUCAUACAAAAUUCAUGUUAAAUUAUAAAAAAAGCCAAUAAACAAAUAAUUUUUUUUCAAAAUUGAAAAA